AUGUCGAAACUUAAUGCAUGUUUCUUUUUUUUAAUAAUAUCCGCAACAAUUUCCACGAGCCUUAAUCUUUUAUGGAUCUUUCAUGAGUUGACAACCAAGUGUGAUUUCGAGAAGCUAGUAACACCUAUCCUAAUUUUAAUUACUCUGUAUGUGUAUAUGUUCCUCUCUAAUUAUUGCGGACAGAUUGUUAUAGAUCACAAUGAAGAAGUAUUUACCACCCUGUACAGUAUUCAAUGGUACUGCGCUCCAUUACGUAUCCAGAAAAUAAUAUUAUUUCUUCUGCAGAAGGGGACUAAAACUUUUCAUAUGAAUAUCGGUGGACUGUUUGUCGCAUCUCUGAAAGGUUUCAGUACGCUGGCAAGCACGUCGACAUCUUACUUCACAAUUAUAUAUUCUACAAUGAUGUAGAAAUUGAUGAGAAUAUAUAUCAUACAGAGUUGAAAAGAAAAUAAAGUUGACGAGAAAUAUAUUACCUUUUAACAUAUUAUUAAUUA